CCUUAAGAAAGUGGAAAAAUUGCGGUGACUCUUUUUUAUAUUUUAAAAAUUAAAUAUUCUGGGUAUAAUAAAAUAUAAUAAAGCGGACAAUCUAUUAAAUUAGGAAUGUCUGAAAUUGAGCAAAAUGGGAAUGCAGGUAAAAUAGAGGAAAAUGCAGGAGUGAAAUGUGAAGAAAAAGAAGCUGAAGAUUUUGAUGAGGAGGGGGAUGAGAUAGACGAGGCAAAAUCUGAAAACUUUGAGGGAUUUAAUGGGUCUGGACGAACUGUUACUCUCCAAAUGCUUUUGGCCGCUAAUGUUUUACAACCAGGAAAAUCUGCUAUGACAAUUGAAUAUUUGGGUCAAAAAUUUGUCGGAGAUCUUCUUCCAGAUGGAAAAAUAAAAUCUCAUGAGACUGAAACAAUAUUUUUAUCGCCUAGUGCUUGGGCUAUGCAUUGUAAAAGAAUAAUUAAUCCUGAGAAAAAGUCGGGAUGUGGUUGGGCAUCUGUCAAAUACAAAGGUAAAAAGCUAGAUGCUUACAAAGCGAUAUGGAUGAAAAAAUGUGCGCAACAGAAAGAUGUACAUGAUGGAGAUGAUGUUGAAAUGGAACCUGAAAAAUUGAUAGAAACCGAAGUUCCAACAGUAAAAAGAGCGAUCUAUUCUCAUAACUAUGUUAAUAAUCGCAAUUUGAUGCAUGAUGCGAAUAUGCUAAUUGAGACAGUAACAUUUCCAUCAAUUAAUAAAAUGCAACCAUUUCUCGUGAAUAUUUCAACAAAUGCAUUGCUGUUGGCUGACUUUCAUUGUCAUUUAACCUUUCAAGAAGUUUGCGGCUAUUUUGGCGGAACAUGGGAUGUGAAUAAUCAUACGCUCGUUAUAAGUAAAGCAUAUCCAUGUAAAAAUACUAAAUAUGACAGAGAAAAGGCCCCAGACGUGGAAAAACUAAUUCAAAAGGAAAUAAUGAAGGAUCAAUUAAUUGUUUGUGGGUGGUACCAUUCACAUCCAAAAUUUCAGUCUCAACCAACCUUACGUGAUUGCGACUCCCAACUUGACUAUCAGAUAAAGAUGAGGGGCCCUUCAGAAGUUACAUAUACGCCAUGUAUAGGAUAUAUAUUUUCACCUUAUUUUGAUGAAAAUGAAGACUAUCAAUCAAAUAUAACGGCUUUUUGGGUGAUCCCGCCACCAGAAAAUCGACAGAUUAUGGAAUACGGUCGUCCAAUGUCAAUGCAGUACGAAAUUCAAGCAGACAACGAGAUAACAAGAAAUACUCGGGAAGAAAUGUCGAAUUUAGUUAUAUACUACAAAAAGUUCCGAAAUGAUUUUAUAGAUUUCUCUUUGCUUUACAAAGAAGGCAUGACUUUCAUAGAAAAACUGAAGAACGCUUUAUAUUCGAAAUUUCCUUUGGAACAAGAUGAUAAGGAAUUCUGGAAUUUUAUAUGCAACAUUCUAAAUUUUAGUGAGUGUGAAGAAUUUUAUCCUCCGAAAGGAAUUGUCAAAAUCGCAUCUAUCAAAAAUACAAAAUCUAAGGAAUUGACUGCCACCAAGAUUGAGGAGACUAUUACAAUUAAUGAUACAGAUGAUGAAAAAAUUCCUUCUGAAAUUAAGGUACCGUCCCUUCAGGAACAACUGUGUCUACCUUCCGGGUUGAAUAUGAAUCCUUCAAAAAGUUUGUCGUUGACAGUUGUGCCACCACCUAUCAUUCCACCCGUUAUUUCUGCAGUUUCACAGCCAUUGUCAAUUUCUAAUAAUAAUAAUAGCACUAAUAAUAGCAAUAAUAGUAACAAUAAUAAUAUGAAUAUGAAUAAUAGUAAUAACAAUAACAUGAUUAGUAAUGCAAAUAGCAAUAAUAAUAAUACUAGUAAUAACAGUAAUUGUAGUACUGUGAAUAACAUUUCAAGCUGUAAUAUAAGUAACACAUUGCUUGUUGGAAGUAUAUUGGCUAACCCUUCACCUGUUGUUGAUACUGUAAAUUCCCUUGUAAAUCUUAAUUCUCAAAGGGUAGCAAACUCACCAAGUCCAGCUAAAUUUGAAAUCCCAGUACGUGCAAGCCCUUCUCCAGCAAAAUCUGACUCUUCAUCAAGUCGCACAAGAAAUUCUCCUGCCCCAAGUCCUGGAAAGUUUAGCACUAUCGACCUUUCGUCAAGAAUAAGUCCUUCUGUUACACCCAACAAAUUUGAGCCUCAAUUAAGUGUAACAGUUCCAAAUCCAUCAGCAAGUCUUACAAAUGUAUCUGCAACCAGUGAUAUUAUGGCAGCUGGUUUGGCGGCUUCUCUUGCCGGUCAGAUAUCUUCAAACUUUUUAUCAAACGAUUUUAAUUUAUUAUUUCAACAUCAGAAAGAUUAUGCGAAUUCGUCUUUGAAUCAAUUAGCAGCAACUGCUUCAAAAGUAGGUGGAAGUAAAUCAAAUUUGUCAGAAUCUGGUUCGUUGCCAUCAUCGCCUUCUUUGAAGAUUUUAAACUCUAUGCAAAUGUCAGAUACAAAUAAAAUUAAAUCUAUUGGCCAAGAAAACAAAUCUCUAAAAUCGUCUUCUAACUCCUACAAGACAAAACUAAUGAAGGAAUUGGAUGAUUUAAAAAAUGAUCCGAUUAAAAUAAGUGAGUUAAUGAGAUCACCAGAAUAUGCAGCAUUAUUAUUACAACAAGCUGAAGCCCUAGGUGCAACUACUCUUGGGACCUUGGGCUUAACCCCAGAUUUUCAUUUUCUUGGUUCUGGGGUUGGGAAUUCUUCAAAAAAUAAGCUUAACACAGCAGAUUAUACACAAAUGCUUCAAAGCUCGAAAUUGCUGGGAUAUGACACGAGCUUUCAACAGCAACAACAUAAACUUAACAUGGAUUUGAAUAACCUAUUUCAACAACAACUUGCAACAUCUACAAAUAAUGCGAGUAGUGUUUCUAAAAAACCUAAACAACAGCAACCAUCCCAAUCGCAACAAUGUGAAUAUACUGCACUUUUACAAACGUACUCAAAACUUUUUGAUCUAAGUAGUUCUUAUGGUGGUGGAAAAAAUUCUAUUCCAGCUCUAUCUACAGAUUUAUCAGCACUUUUAAAUUUACCCAAUAUCAGUGCUACUCCUACAAGUAGCAAGAAAAAGGAUUCUUCUAAUGAAAUGUUAAAUCAUCUUCUGCAAUCAGAAAAAAACGUUUCGGAGUUAAAUAACUUAUUAUUUUCGCAAUCGAAAAAUGUUACAGAUCUCAAUAAUUUAUUUGCUCAACCACCGCCCUCAUCAAAUUCAUCAUCUUCCAAAAAUUUAACAGAUAUGUCCUAUUACUCUCAAUUGUCACAGGAUAAGCUACAAGAUUAUGCAGUUUUAUUCCAGCAACAGAAUCUGGCUAAGUAUGGAAUACCGGAUCCAUUGGCUAAAACUACACUAGCAGCAAAUAACAUGUUUAUGACACCGUCAGCUUUAUUAAAAUUACAACAGGAAUCAAUAAACGCAAUGAUAAUGAAACCUCCAAAAUCAAGUGGUUCAUCAUCAUCAUCUACAUCUUCAUGUAGAAGCAGAGACUUAUCUGUGUCUCCCUCUCAACAACAUGAGCGUUUAACACCAACAAAAAGUAGUCGAGAUAGUCCAGCUUGUACUGUAAAGUAUAACUUUAGUGCCGCUGAUUUGGCAGUAUCAAGUGUUUCAAAUAAUCCAGUCUCGUUAUCACCGUCUGAAAGUUCAAGACCACCAACAAAAACACCACCAGUUGACUUAAGUCGAAUUUAUUCAGAUCCGCCGAGAAAAAGAAUGGAAUUUUCAUCUAUCGCGGACUUAGUUGCUCCAACGCCAGCCAAAAUUCCAAAAGGAAAUGAUGGUGAUGAAAUUUUAAAUUUAUCCUCUAAUGAGUAACAUUUUUUUUUUUAAUUUCAGUCUUAUAAAUUAAUAUUACGGAAAGUAUUUAAUAAAGAGAUAGGUAUAUAUAUAUAUGUACUUUAUUUUUUUUAAGUUUUAAUUCCAGAAUUCAAUCAAAACCAUUAUAUAAAUUAAGUAUUUUAAAAAUUGGAUUUUUUUAUUUAUAAAUUACUUUCUUCAAAACACGUUAAAUUAAAACUCGUGUAUUUAAUAAGUUAGAAUAAAUUAUUUUUUAUUUUUAAUAGUAAAAUUAUAUCU